GUUAACCUCAUUCUGAAUGAUACUAAUUAUACAGCUCCUCUGUUCAUAAAAGUCUUCACAAUUUCUCAAAGCAUAGAUUGUGUUUCCAUCAUUUCCUACGUUGUUCUUGCAAGAAAACAAAUUUUGACCACUGAUAUUGAUUAUUGACAGAGAGUAAAGAAUUGGAAAAGAGUAAAGUGGCUAUGCAGGGUGAGGGCUUUGAAGUGGAAAUUUGAGUUUCAACGAGUUUCAUACGAACAACGUAGACUGUAAAGAAGACGUAUAUAUUUUUUUCUUUUGCGAAUUUACUAUGAGCUUUUUAGACGAACUAAACUCAUUAUUUGGCUGUAGUAAUUUGUAUGAGAUUUUUGGAGUAGAGAAAACAGCUUCUGAUGCUGAGAUUAAGAAAGCGUAUCGACGAUUAUCUUUGAAAGUACACCCAGACAGAGUUGGCAGUGAACACAAACAGAACGCUACAAAGAAAUUUCAAGCGAUAAGUAAAAUACACUCUUUAUUAUCGGAUAAGCAUCUCCGUAAAGCUUACGAUGAAACAGGUGAAAUUGGCGAUGAAAUAGUGAAAGAAGAACGCGAUUGGAUGUAUUAUUGGAGGUUGUUAUUUCCUAAAAUUACAAAUGAAGAUAUUAAAAAAUUUGAAAAGAAGUACAAAGAUUCUGUUGAGGAACUCAAUGAUUUGAAAUCAGCUUAUAUAAAGUGUGAAGGAGAUAUGGAAGGAAUCUUGGAAAACGUUUUGUGUUCAACUGAAGAUGAUGAAGGUAGAUUUAGGAAGAUUUUACAAAGUGCCAUUGACAAGGGUGAAUUACCAAAGUUGGAAAGUUUUACCAAAGUUGAUAAGAAAAAGCGAAAAGCUAGAAAACAAAAGGCAAAGCAAGAAGCUGUUGAAGCAGAGAAAUUAGCCAAAGAAAUGGGUGUUCAUAGUGAUAAUGAUCUGUCUGCUUUGAUUGCUAAACGACAGAAUGAUAGAAAGAGUGAAAUGAACAAUUUUCUCACCAAUUUGGAAGAAAAGUAUGCAGGCACAAGUCAGAGCAAGAAAAGAAAAAUUGCCAAGUCAAAAAAAUAGAUUUCUUUACUCAUUUCCACUGUUAAAGAUGACAGAUACUCUGGAUAAACUUAAUCAUUCUGUAGCUUAUUUUUUUUGUGUUAGUAUGAAAGCUUAUGUUCAUUAUUAUUAUUUCAAAUGUUUCACAAAAAACGUUCAAAUCUGAAA